UUCUGAGGAGGCCCAGUCCCAGCCUCACGGACGCCCUCCGACCCAUCAGGGUUUACCUCCGUCCAUGUUGAGCUUUCCGGUCAGCUUCACAUGCUCACUUUGCUCAAUUACCCACAAGUCAUUGCAGUGAAGUUGAACAUUGAAAGCACAGUAACAUGUAACAAAAGGUUAACAAAGAGCACAGCUCAUGUGAGUUCAGUUCAUAUUUUUUCAUCAUAUCAGUUAAGGGGAUGAGGGUGAAGACAUCACCUCAUCCAAAGAUGGAUGUGACCGGUGAACAGGUGGAGCUGAUCAGGCCGGGGAAAGGUGAUCACAAUCAACACAAGGGCAGGAAGUGAGCUGAUCAGAAACGAGAGAGAGGUGAACAAAAUAAAACAGGAAACCCAACAAUGAGGUGUGAAAAGAAGGAAAUCAUCCAGUGAGAUGCUGCAUGCGGUUCUGUUCCUCCCAGUUGAUGCUGCGUCCUGCCGCGAAUAUCUGAACGAAAUAAUACAAACGAUUAUCAAUCAUAGAAAAACCAGGAGCGCUGAGAUUGGUACAAUGUUUUAUCCAAGCUUCAACCAGCAGGAUGUCUACCACGUGCUGCACAGAAGCCUCAUCAUCGGUCCUCACUGAGCACGAGUCUCUCAUAGAGGUCACCGAGGCCGAAGAAGAGGCACUGAGUGACGUAUGUGCCAGUUGGGAGAAUAGAAAGUAGUACGUAAAGAUGUGCAAAUGGGAAUUUGAAGUUUGCGUUUCCAUUUCAGUGGGGAAACAGUCUGAGAAUUACGGUCGUAGUCGCAUUUGCAACACUGUAAAACAGCAAUAACAGCAAGUCACGCCUCCAAGCUCGGUGUCACUCUAUAUGUUCCAUAUUCUCUCUGCAUCAUCUCUAAAAUAUGGACUCGUUUGUCAAGGAAGCCGUGACGAGCCGCUCCUUCCGCACGGCAAGGUGACAGAUGUUCGGACCGUACCGUCACAUAGGGGGUUCCCUUGUAUCAGCUGAGAGGAAUCCACCAUUACCCUGCGACACGGGGGGGCACCGGAGGCCCGACGGGCCCGGUUCAAUCCAAAUGCUCAAAAAUAUGUUGACCGCCAUCCUGGCAAAUCAAAUGGAGAAGCUCCAGGACCUGAGCCAAUCAGAGCUCCAGGAGCUGCUGGACAGCCCAGAGAGGGUGGAGUCUAUGGCGCUGGAGUCUGACGAGAUCCAGAAUAUUCAGCUGGAGAGAGAAAUGGCACUAGCAUCAAAUCGCAGUCUGGCUGAGCAAAACCUGGACGUGAAGCCUCGCCUGGAGUCAGAGAAGGAGGCACUGGUGGAGAGAUAUUCCCAGCUGGAGGCCAUCCGAGAAACCUACAGACAACACUGCUCCCUGAGAGAUGGGAUGGUGGGUCAGGUGUCCCCAGAGGCCCUGUUCUCCAGACUACAGACAGAGGGGAGCAAAACGGAGGAAGAGUCUGAGGCUCUAGCUGAUGAGUUUCUGGAGGGCUCUCUGUCACUGGACCCCUUCCUCGAUCGCUUCCUCUCCCUGCGAUCCCUCGCUCACAAAAGACGGGUGCGGAUAGAGAAGCUCCAGGAGAUCCUACGACAGAGGAGCGAGGGGAACCCCAACACUAUGACAUCAUCGGCGGGCGCCAACGAGGACCCCGCUACCACCCCCUCCCCGUGGAAUCAACCGACGACAACGGCAGCGGCGACAAAUCCUCAGCUGGCAAACUCCACACCCCAGCCGUCCGGCUACCAAAACGCCCCGCAGCCGGCCACCUCGUCUGCAGGGGGCCUCCCCCCCGGCCUCCCCCACGGUCUCCCCUAUAGCCCGUACCCUGCCUCCCCCCCCAACCAUGCCCCCGCAGCGGCAACAGGCUCCGUCCCGGGCAACGCCCCCUCACAGUACCCUCCGUACCCGGUUUCCGGCUCACCUUUCGCCCCAGCAGGAAGCUACUCCGGCCCCAGGCCCGCUUUUGGGCCUCCGUCUUCAGCCGCCUGCCCCUACCCAACCCCGCCCUCCUUUCCUACCCCACACCCCGGCUCUGCAUUCGGCCAGUACACCCCGAGCCAGCCCCAGAGCGGCCCCGUGCCCUACCCGGCCUCCUACAGCUACGGCGGCUACAGCUACCCGGCCAGGCCGGCGUAUUCCAACCCUCAGUCGCCAACAGGGAGACCCAUCUACAGACCGGGAUACGGAGUUCCACAGCCGUACUCAUGAAAGCACCGCGGCUCCUCCGUCUCAAUUCUUCCUCUCAAAUCUUCCCUCUCUGGCUCUCUCUCCUCCAGUCCGUCUCCCCCUUCGUUUCUGGUCUUCUGAGGUCUCUCGCUUUACUUAUCUUUGUUGCACUAUUUCUCUCUUUCUCUAAAUAUCGGUCUGACGACCUCUCCGGCUUACUCUCUUUUUGUUUCUGUCUCUGUCCCCCCCCCCCGACGACCCACCAACUCCCGCACACUAGUCUCAGGUUGUUGUGUUUAAGUGUUAAAACACUUGUAUCUUGCCCCUCACCCUCUCACUCUUCCCCUCUUCCAUUUCUUCUGUGUGUGUGUUGCUAUUUGGCAAUCAGAACGUCCUCAUAAGCACACAAGUGCACUCCACCUUUUGACACAUGCAUGUCUCUGUAACACACCCCCCUCCCCCCCGUGUCCAGUGGCUGUCUGUCUAUCUUCAUUAUUACUCAUGAGCACAAUGUGCGUAGGGAGCGACUGGUGAUGGAAGUGACCCGUUGAGUCACACGAUGCAACAGAGCUGGUACAGUCGGUGAGUUUAGGAUGCACCACGGCGUCGGCAGUAGCUGCUGGUCCAUCAGCUCUUCCAGGCCCUCCCAUCCGUCGUUAUGCAUAUGCAGGGUCUGUAGACAUCGGGCAAACAAACCCACUGCCCCCUUAUCCCCCCCCUCCCCGACUUAUUUCUGUCAACCAAAGAUCCCAGCAGCUGUGCUGUUGGUUUGGCUCGCUGUGCUAGUUGGUGAGCUACUAGCAUCGUAGCUAACCGCUAACAUGCUAACGACGCUAGUGAACCAAGGGUCUUCUGGUAUAUUUUCCCCUCUUAAAUUUUCCCCAGAUGUGUCGCUGAAGAAGGAAGACCGUUCCUUUCUUUGUCCUUUUGGGGCAGUUCCUUGAGUGCUCGGACGUGGACGGCGUGAACACGUGCUCGCAGGGUCGCGUUGGUGUCCUCUGUGAAAGACGUGCCUCUCACUGAUGAACCCACGGCGUCCUGGUCUGCUGCCGGGUGGGUCUGUAAGGAACCGUUCCUUCAGUCUGCAGGGAAUUCAAACGUACCGCGCUCCCCACAACGAGCCUCCUCUUCAGCUGUUAGCCUGGUAUCUCAUUCACAGAAACGAAUCCCACACGGCUAGCAAGGCCAGACAGGAAGCGUAGUACAGUGGGAUGUCUAUAAAGCAUUACUACAGCGUGAGUUAGUCAGCUAGCUAGCUAGCUAGAGUUAGUCAGCUAGCUAGCUAGCUAGCUAGCUGACUUAAGACCCAGUUUACCCACCAGACCACCGGGUCUGUGUGGGGCAACCACCCGGUCUGUUUAUCAACACAUGCAAAGUGAACCCCGUGGGGGUCCGGGGGGCCGUGAGGGGGGUCAGCCUGUCGUUCAGUUUGAGCUCUACGGACUUUCACUUCUUUGUAACACUUCUGUGUCCUCAUGCUUUCCUCCUGUCCUCCUCCUCUCCAUCACUCUCCUCUUGUCAUCUGCUCGUUGAAUAUGAACUGAUGCUUGACAAUGAUAACCAGAAGAAAAUAGUUUUAUUUCUAUAAGUUCACGCUUUCCGUGAGAAUACAUGUGGUGUGUGUAUAGUUUAAUGGAGUGAAAAUAUAAAGUUGGAGCUCAGUUCUGUGUCAAUUUAAUCAAUACAAAUAAUAUCAUUGGAAUUGAAAUGUAGGUAAUUGAUGAAGGCUCAUUAUGGAUCUUUUAGAGGUACAUGCCACCUCUCUAAAUUUGUAUUACACUGUGGAAUAAACAUGAUGCUGUACUAUCUCAUGAAA